UUCACUUCACGGGUAUCCAUUAACGGCGGCCUGUCGGUGGAAUUAUUAGUUAUCCGACACUUUGUCUAGAGUUUGCACAGGAUAAUUAUACCGAUAAGAGUGGAUCCGGCUCGUUGGCCAUUUAAACACUGCUAAAAGUGUAUUGUUCGCCUCUGAAACAGACGGAUCCCGGCGGUAAAGCUGAUCGGCGUGCAUCAAAAUUUGCUUGGAAAAAUAUUGACUUUUUGACAAUCGUUUCCCCUCGUGUACAAUGGCCGUUUUCAGUGCAGUGCUGGUGUACGCCAGCUUGGCCUUGGCUACAACUUAUGCUGUGGUCACCUACGAUUAUAUCGAUCCUGAAAGUAUAUAUACUGUCCACUCGUAUCUGGAAGACCAGCAAGUCGCCAUCAAAGAUUAUGUGUCGGCGAUAAAAUCAACAAGAUUGGCGGACGCAAAAAUCAAAGAAAUCGUAAACAAGGAGUUUGACGGGUUCACCAAGUAUGCCAAAGGAGGGUUGAAAAGCCUUUUGGAACAGGCCGAGGGUAAUCGGGUGAAGAACAAGAACAUAAUAGACAAAAUGUCUUCUUGGAUGAAUAAGAUCGACAGAGUGAACAAACCCGACAACGAGGACGAUCACACGGCAAAACACGCACUUGACAAAUUCGAAAACACCGCUGCCGACUUAGUGAAACAGUCUGAGGAGUUCAACGCCAAGGUGUUGGACGACCCGUACGAAAGUCCUCGGCUGAUGAGAGACUUGGGCAAUUUCAUAAUGAACGUCACUUCCGAAUUGCGCCGUUCCAUGAAACGGGCAGCGAAUCAAAUCAAAGACAUUGUCAAGCCGCCCCAGACCACUACUCUUCCACCGGUUCUCAGUAAUUUCACCUCAGAAUCGUUUAUCGGCAAUGUAUAUAUUGUCGCAGAGCAAUAAUAUUGAAUUUUACACUGUCGAAUAUCUUAAAAUAAUAAGUUAUUGUUAUUAGUAGAAAUCCCAUUAGAGUGUACCUAAACUAUUAUUAUUAUUAUUAUUGUCUUUCGUUUAAUCAUGUAUUUUGACACGACUUGUC